CGAUGCAAUGAACUGUCAAACUUUGUUGUGAUAAGUUUCAAUGGAAAAGUGAUUGUUUUCUUGCAACUAUUUAGUUUUUCACGAACUUAUUUCUUUUUUAAUUAAAAUGGAGCAUAAACCAAGUGCACCGCAACCGGACGGGGAACCUCCCGAGUUUGUUUGCACGGAGCGAAUCAAGUUUCGCAAGCUGCGCUCGCAAAACAUCGUCCACCGAUUGCGCUAUCGGGAGAUGGGGCUCGGCGUCAAAACACCUCAGCACUCGGUUCGCGAAUUCUACCAGAAUGUGUAUCCCAAUCUGACGGUGGUCAAUGUGGAGAAGCCACCCUGCUACUUGCGGAAGUUCAGCCCCGAUGGGCGGUAUUUGAUUGCGUUCUCGUCGGAUCAGGCCUCGUUGGAGAUCUACCAGUAUCAGGGUUGUGCUGCCGCUGCUAGUCUUUUUCAGGACUGGGAAACGCCGGAAGUGAUUUUGAAUGAUGGCACCGGGGGUCGAAGCUACGACAUACGGAGCCAGAUUUUCGAUAAGUUGUUCAAGCUUAAGCAUACGGUUAACAUGGAAAGCCACCAGAACCAGCUGAAUCGCGAGUGCAGCCUUUUCACCAACGAUGGAAAGUUUGUUAUUAUUGGAGCGGCGUCGUUCAUUCCGGAAGACAAUCAUCCUCGGUUCUACGAGUUGUACACGAACAACGAGGCUAUAAAACCCACUGCCAGCUGUCCCCUGGAGGAUUACACACUGUACAUCAUUGAUUUGCACAAUGGAAGGAUUUCGGACUCCAAGGACUUCAACGUGGACAAGAUUGUGCUGUCGCAUAACCAGGGCGUUUACCUGUACAAUGACACGUUGGCUAUUCUGUCGAUUCAACAUCAGACGAUACACAUUUUCUCAAUUGCCGAGGGAACGUUCAUCCUGGAACGCACAAUCGGCAGGUUUUGUUGUCCGGAUGAAGGCUUGCUGUAUAGUAUGGGAACUUCCGGUGGUAGAACCACGGGGAACAAUUCGAAUUUGCGUGCGUUCCGUGAGCCUACGAUUAAUAGUUUAAAACAUCGGAUGUUGGUUUUUCUGUUCAAACAGGCGAAGAUGCAGCAGUCUACUGGUGAGGACAGAUUUGCACUGAGGAAGUUCUACCGACGUUUCGAUGAGUAUCGGAACCUUCGGAUGUGGAAGAUGCAACUGCUGGAUGAUGAUCAUCUGCUGAUCAAGUAUUCUAGUGAGGAUGUGGUUACGUUGAAGAUUCAGGAGCCCAACAUUCACAAUAGCUUGUUUGUGAUCUACAAUAUCUGGAAGAACACCAUCAUAGGGAUUUAUGGCAAUCAAUCUCCAGAACUUUUAUAUCUGUACGAAAAUUUCUGCGACAGUUUUCGGAAUGCCAACCUGGCCCAUCAAACGCAAUUCACCUGUUCCUUAGCUAACAAUAUCUACAGCAAUCUGAUCCAUCAACGGUUCAAGCAAACCAUUAUCGGUGCCCGUGGUGGAGGAGUCCAAGAGGCCACCAAGCGGAUUCUGGCCGCUCUGCCGAUCAGCGCCCAGAGCUACAGUAGUUCUCCCUACCUGGACCUCAGCCUGUUUAGCUACGACGACAAAUGGGUAUCGGCAAUGGAACGGCCGAAAGCCUGCGCCGAGUUUCCGAUUCGCUUCUUUGCGCGGGAUUCCGGACUGCUCAAGUUCCGAAUCUACGCCGGAGUGCAGAACCAGCAGCAGCCGAGUUUGGUUUCGCGACGACUGGUGGCGUUCACCUUCCACCCGACGGAACCGUUUGCCAUCAGCGUACAGCGGAUCAAUACGGACUACAUUGCCAACUUUCACAUACGGCACCCGGGCGCGCGGAUGGUGCGGUGAUGAGAGGAGCGAAUGUCCCCCGAACGGGGAAGGGGGAUGUUCGACGACUGAUUCUAGUUAAGGGGGCGUAGAGAUGUUAGGAGCUACUUAACAGUAUAUUUUUAAUAAACGACAAAAACACAA